AUGAAGUUCAUCGUUACAAUCUCAGCUAUUGUAGCAGCCUGCGUUUUGGCCGCGUCGUCUGUUGCUGCUGCUGGCGCUGAUGGUGCUCCUUGGGAUUACAAUCCUAAAGAUACGCAGAGGGCCAGCCCGGCACAGUGGGGUGAGUACUACCCUGCGUGCAACGGCACCAAUCAGUCCCCAAUCGACAUAGUGCCAACAGACGUCGAGCAGAGAUCCAAAUUGAGGAGCACUCUUCGUUUCAGAGGUUCCUGCCCUUCUUUCAAUCUCACACAGAGUGGAGAAGGCUACAAGGGAGCUGUCAUCGAUGGCUCCUGUCAGGUGAAGGCGAACAAGGCUCAGUACGACUUGCUGCAGUUCCACGUGCACGCUCCUUCGGAACACACUCUGAAUGGAGAGCCUCUUGACGGCGAGGUCCACUUCGUUCACAGCAAUGCCGACGGCUCCGCCCUACUAGUUGUUGGGGUUUUCAUGGAGAUCGACCCUUCGGGUAACACGGAUCCGUGGUUGGAAGCCGUCAUCGAUGGGAUCGACGACGUUUCCUCUACCAAGCCGGCCAUGCUAGACUUGUAA